GUUAUUCUUCGACACUAGUGUACUCUAGCAGCGAUGUGCAGCAGAUUGGUGUGAGGUUAGUCACAGUUGCAAGCCCAUAAGAAUUUUGUGUGAGAAACGGUGCUACAGCGAGGGAAAGUCAUUGCUGGCACAAUUUAUUGUCCAAGGAAAACUAAUAACAUUGCAGUUCCAUGGGAUCUCUAUAUGGAGGGAUUUUUGCCCAGAUCUGCUUCAAUUCCUGAAUAUUGUGCAGUUUAUAGUUGGAUGAUUCAAUAGCUACCAUAAAAAAUCCUUAGUGACUACAUUAUUCUGUGAAGGCCAAUGGUAUAUUGAACUACAUAUUACAUCAUGCUAAGUUACAAAUUGCAAAAAUUAUUGUUGCGCGAUUGACGUUACGAGUCGACAUUAAUAAAAUGUUGAACGCGUAGCUUGGUCAACGUCAGAUCGUUGCAUGAAACCGAACCCUGUCAAUUGUUUCUAUGACUUUCCACAAUGGCAGCUCCAUCAUGUGCACCGAUUUUACCGACGGAGUGCCAGCAACCAUUCAAGGCAUGUCAUGGCUGAAAGCCUUGCACAGCCUUGUGAUUUACAACAAAUGUGUUAAUUCAUUUAAUUAAAUUUCCACAUAACGUAACAGAUAUGCCGUAACGAAUAUUCAUGGAGCGUUUCAGUUCGAGGUCCAAACGCAUUGGACCAAAAGUGCAUAAAAAUCGUAGAAUCUAUGAUAAAUGGGGUAUGCAGUAUCACAACUUGGUACAGGAUGUUGUGUUUGGUAAGCACUGUUUACCUUACACACCAUCAGAACCUCCCCCAUCUUUGUGCGAAGAAGUGAUGGAAUCUGACCCGUUGUAUGUCUGCAAACACUGCAAGGAUUGUUUUCGUUUUAAAGGCAGUUUUGAGGAUCACAAUGCACGGCAUAGUUGGAUCUUAGGGUUUUGGUGUCACGUUUGUUUCAAGACAGUAUGUACUCACACAACCGAGCCAGGUUCUGCAAACGGUAAAUGUUCUACAUGUUCUAAAGAGAGCGGAGAUAAACGCGCGUAUCUGCGAGCAAAAAGACCUUCGGGUUGCAACCCAAAGAACCCUAAGCUGGGAGCUGUAAAAGUAUUUUACAAUCAAUGCCAAUUUAUCGAACACUUGAAAAUGCAUCGGUUAAGUUCAGUAAAUAUAGCUGAUUUAAUGUUAAUACCUCUGCCUGGUAACCUGAGCAAGUGGUCGACUGAAUUUGAAAUAGUAUGUGAGGCAAUUAUGGAACGGGCAUUUGUGUUGCGCAUGCAUGUUGUAGAUUGGUUAAAAAUGCUCAACUUGCAAAAUAACUGGUGGAUACUGGAAAAUGGCAAAAGCAGUAACGAAGUGAUCGCUAGAAUUGUCAAUAAUUACCAUGGUCGAGAAUUAUUUGAAACCUAUGAUAAGUCGACAGAUAUACCUAUGAAUUCCAAUUCUUCUAUUGUACGUCACGGUAACAAAAGUUCUCCGGAUAUUGAAUUUAUCGAUAAUUCCGUGGAUAAAAAUACAAAUAACUAUUCUGCUGAUAUAAUCUCGGACAAAAAUAUUUCGGAGACUGAAGAUAAUCCAUGUAUACCAAACGAUAUUACUUUUGUGGAUUGUGGUCCUGCAUCACAAUGUUUGGAACCAGAAAUACCAGUGAAUUAUGCACAAAAAAACCAAGUAAUGCCGCAAAAUUGUCCUUUAACUAAUACAAUCAGAACAAAUAACAAAACGAAUAAUGACACUUUAAAAAAUUGCAAUUUACUAGAAACAGAUACAAUAAAUGAAAAUGUUAUUGCUAUACAAGCUGGCAGUAAUGGUUCUAAUAAAAAUCUUGUUAUUAAACCAGCAGUCAAAGAUAUGCAACAACAUGAAGCAGCUCAAUCUUAUGUCAAGAAAACUAUAGAAACCAACCUUAGUAAACUUAUUACAAAAACUGGUGUUAAUAAAAUUUCUAAUACUCCACUUAAAAUUAGUAUCCCAUUUCCUGCUAAAAAAAGUACAAUAAUUGAGACCAAUUCAGAAAGUCUUCAGACAUCAAGACUAAAUAGUAAUUCCAAGGUACUAAUUCAAGGUAAUAUCCAAAAUUCAAAGGAUAUUGCAUCGAUAAUUAGUCAACUUCCACCUCAUUUUAUUUCCAACAAAAAAGUAGUUGUCAUUGGACAAGAUUCAUGUAAUAUCAUUGGCCAAAGCAAGAAUGAAACGACUGCUAAAAAAGAUUUAAUCAGUUUGGUUGUAGAUAAUAGCGGUACAGGUUCCACUGUGUUAACACAAAAGAUGUGUGAUACUGAUAUCAAGAAACAAGAGAUUACCACACAAAUUGUAAUAAAAGAUGGAAAAAAGUAUCUUAUUAAAUGUAAAGAUAUUCCGAAAGACCCAAAAAGUUCUUUUGAUUUAUUAACUGUAAAUAACUCUACGCAAAAUGUUACAAAACAAUUAACAUUCGAACACAACACUUUAAACCCAAGAUUAACAUCCACUAAUUCUAACGAAAUUGAAAAUAUUAGAGCAGAGCAAACAACUUCGCUUUACAACAAUAUUCCGCUUUUAACACCUUCACCAUCUCCUUCAGAAUCCACCUGUUCUAGUUGUGAAUCGAACAUUACGAAAAAUAUAAUUAUGCCGAAAUUACAGAAAGUACCUUCGCAUUUAACUUCGACAUCUACUGGGUAUUUGAUCCAGACACCGAUCCAGAAAUUUAUAACAGAAACAAUAUCGCUGAUUAAGGAAGAUAAUGGAGAUCUUUAUAUGGAUAUAAAAGACGUAGAGCGUAUUCCAAGAGAAAGCUUUCGAGAGGUGUGUGAUGUAAUAAUAAAACAUAGACGAGAGAUGUUUGAUGAGUUAUAUCAGCUGAAUUGUUUAGAAUUGAAAGAACGACUUGACCAUUUGCAAUUGGUUAUUGAAGAAAUGAAACAAGUUUUGAAUUUCAUAUCACAAGACGUUUUUAAUGAAAAGUUAAGAGCUGUCAAUCUUCUUAAAAGCAUAUUAGAAGAUUGUUUUCGUAGAUAUGAUCAGGACAUAUCACAGAAUCAGAGAAACGAUGACAUGAUGUUUAACGAAUGGGAAACGGAGGUGAAUCAAGCACACAAAUGUCCAUUUUGCAAUAAAUUUAUAAAACCUAAAUCAUACAUAGCUGGAUUUUCAAAAUUAUCUAAAAAUGAUGUCACAUACUGUUCUUGUUAUAAACAAGUUUGUCACGAGUGUCUAUCUCACCAAGGUUUUAUAUCACGAUUUAUUGCGCAUCAAAACUUUCACAAGAGGAAGGAACCUUACAUUUGCCCAGAUUGCUGUAUUAAAUUGGAUUCUUCUGUCUCUUUGGAAGUUCACACGUGGUCUGUUUGCUUUCAUAUAACGAAAAAGGUCGUGUUUACUUGUAGAAUUUGCGACAUAGAUGGUUUUAGAGAUUUAGAGUCAAUCACUAGACACUUUGUUGUCAUGCAUAGCAAGACAAAGAUCGGUUGUGAGAAUUGUUUCCGAGUAUUUUCUUCGUAUAACGAGUACACACAACAUUGUACAGAGGUGCAUUCGUCUAAGAUGAAGCAGGAUCCUAUACGACUGGUAAUAUGUAAACUGAGCAAUGUAAUCUUACGUUGCGAGAAUUACAUGUUAUAUUUGGAAAAUUAUCCUGGAAUUCGAAAAGUAGUAUGGUGCAAAUGUCCUUUUUGUAGUUUGGUAACUACAGACAACAAACACGUGACUACGUUACUGAACAGUCAUAUACAAAACAAUCACCUAGAAUCCUUGUCAAAAGUUCUCAGCAAACAAGCACUUGAAAUUUACGGUAGAGAAAUUUUACAUUUUGGAAAAAAAACCUUGAGAGAAUUUUUAUCAGUGGUUUCUGAAAACACGUUCGUAAACAAGACACCAGAUAGUACUGUGAUGCCUAAAAUUGUAAAUACUCGAACUAUCAGUUCGGAAACAUUCGAACGUGGCUCGGAAACGGAUAUGUGGUCUACGAAUACCGAUAAGGUUACUGAAAAUCCACAAACAAUGCAAAAAAUUGAUACAACAAAUAAACAAUUAUUGCCAAAAAUCAACGUUAGAUCGAUAGAUGACUUAAAAGCCAAACCUAAAGCAAUUACAACACUUUUUUCAAAUGAAACUUUUGAAUUGAAAAAAAAAUCUAAUUCUUCAUCUCUACAAAUUACAGUCGAAACUGAAGAUGGAAAAAUGGAUUUAUUUGGACAUAAAGAAACGGAAAUGAAAUUAGAUAAUAGAAAGGAAGAGACAGCAAAAACAAAAGAGUCUGAAAAAGAUAAUAAAUUGACGAUGAAUGCUUUAUGCGAGUCUGAAGAAUCUUUAUUAAUAGACAUAGUUAAUGCUCACGAAGAGAAUUCACCAAUUGCUUCAAAUCAAAAAUUCGCUAAUUGUACCGGAGAUAGUCAAAAAGUGUCAAAUUCUACAUCCGAAGCAAGUACAGAUAAUCGUAUAAAAAUAGUUGACUUUAGAAAAAUAUGUAGACCGGACAUUGAACCACUCUUUAGCUCGGAAAUGUGUGAUGUACAAAUGAAAAAUAAUAACAUAAGGUUCAUGGUAUCUAUACCAGAACCUCCUCCACUUGUCAGGAUUCCGCAGCAUUUACUUGAACCUAUAAAAACUAGUAAACCGGUCAAUAACUCAAAAAAGUCAGAAAAAAAUAUUUCUAACGCCCGAAGAGUGACUAAUAAAUCAAAAGUGCGUAUCGCUUUAGGAACACAAAAUGAAAGCAGUAUUGAUUAUCUAUGUCACUUAUGUAACGAAUUGAUUAAUACUUCUCAGUUGGUGGUGAAGGCACACUUUCGUGAAAAGCAUUCAGAUGAAUACAAAGUGGCGGAGGUCACUUUGCAGCUAUCACGGAUGUCACCUGACUUUAUUAACGGCGGUUAUAAACAAUUUAUUAAUAAUAAAAAACGGAAACCGGACAGUACUUUAUUUUCAACCAAAAGAAAGCGUCGAUGGACGCCAAAAAAACAUAUAGAGCUGAAAGAUAUGAAUCCGCCGGUAGGAUUGUGUGUGGAACAGGAGACUGCAGAGGACGGCGAGGGUAAUUUUAUAUGUAAGAAAUGCGGUCAACGAUGCACUGAUAUGUCUGAUCUGAGAGAGCACAUCGCUACGAAUCAUCGACUGAAAGGCCGUUACCUGAUAUGCCUAGAAUGCGGCGAUAACUUUGUGGUUGUACCCAGCUUGCAAAUGCAUCUUAAAGCUUUCCAUGGGAUAGAAGAUCCUAUCAAUUAUAUGAAUGAAAAUCCUUCUUACGCUCCUAAUAUUGAUGGUGACUUGCAGAUGGAAGGGAGAACAACGGUAGCUAAUCAAUGUUACGUCUGUAUGGCAGUUUUUGAAGAUAAAGCUACAGUAGACAAACAUUUGAGGGUACAUGGUAUGGCUUUCCUGAAUCGUAAGAGGAUAGAGGCAAGAAAUGCCUUAGAAAAAAAGAUUAACACGGAGGAGGAUAAGCCAAGUAUUAGUAAAGAUGGUUCAAAGGAGGCUGAAAAAUCAGCGGAUAAACCGGCGGAAACAAUUUUAGAAAAAAUUAAUGCGGCGAUAUAGCUACAGAAGAUGAAAUGUAUGAAAGGAAAAUGUGUGAAAGAAAAAAUGGUGUAAUAUAAUGAAUUUUCAUUAAUCUUACUUAUAUACUCGUUUCUGUAUAUUUGUGCACUCAAUCUUUCAUUGUUAAAUAUUGUCCCUAAAUAUUGCAUCAAUGAAUUGUAUCAUUAGAUCUCUUUUUUUUACUAUAUAUUACCCUGUAAUGUAAUUACUUUUUUUAAGUAAUAUUAUUUUGACGAAAAAGUAGAAAGUGAUUUAUUUGUUAGUACAUGACGAGAAACGACAAUAGAAUUAAAUAAUAGAACUUGACGAAGAGCAGCAAAAACCCUGAUUUUUAAAUUAAUCAUUUUUUUCUUAUAAAAAAUGACAUGUAUAUUACUUUUAUGUUAAAAAAUCUAUUAAAAAAUAAAUUUUUUCGUAAUACAAA